AUGCAGCUCUUCAUUCGCUCGGACGCAGGACGUACGUUGACCAUCGCAGUGGCAGACCCGCGAGCUCAAGUGCAAGAGCUGCUAUCUCUUGUCGAGGCCAAGCAAAAGGGUCAUCGUCUACAAGGAUAUCUUAAUUACGGUGGUGUACCAUUACGCGCAUCGCGAUCAUUGACGGACUAUGGCAUCCAAAAUCACGCUACGCUGGAUUUCUCUCGACGCCGUCUGCACGUGCGGGUUGUCACUACCAGUGGCCCUGUGUCUACUUCCACCAGCACUAUUACUGCCGCUGUGUUGUCUCUAGACCAACCAAAACAAAUUGAUCUGUUAAUGAUGCUUAACGUGUUUGUGGUUGAGCACAUCAACGAUCAAGAAAAGCGAGUAGAAACAAACAUAUUGAUCCUUGAAGUGCGCUCGAACGUGCCAGUUAAAAAGUCUACCUGUACCUUUGAUCACUCGGUGCUUGGCACAACUUUACUGGAUCUCCGACGUUUCUUGCGAGGUGUGCGGCGAAAAAACCUUUUCAAGAUGACCCUGAGCUCGGAUAACUUUGCGCGAAAUUUCAUUUUGAAGGUUAUCUUCACGGCCUCUUGUUUCGGCGGUUUUCGCGACAGAUCCAUUCUCGAAAGUGCUUUUUGGAAGGACGUGCGCAUUGCUAAUCAGGAGAAGGAAGGCGACUUGUAUGAAUAUCAAGAAUUUCAAACGCUUGUUUUGAGCCAUGGCUGA